AUGCGCGAAUACUCCAUGGACCAUGACGUCCCAAUGGCCUCGAGCAGUUGGCAGAACCUUGGGCUAUCCGAAGGGACUUUGGACAAAGUCCAGGCUCUCGGAUUCGAGUCUCCGACCCCUGUUCAGAGCGCUUGCAUUCCGCUUCUGAUGAAAAGGAAAGAUGUUUCAGCCGAGGCUGCAACGGGGUCUGGCAAGACGCUGGCGUUCACUCUGCCGAUUUGCGAAAUCUUGACCAGCGACGCGGAGAAGCUCAAACCCCUAGCGGCUCUGAUCGUCUCCCCCACCCGAGAAUUGGCUCAACAAACCCAUCAAGUGAUCAAAUCCUUGAAGUUCCCUCAGAUACGAUGUCAGCUCGUGACGGGGGGUCACAGCAUUCAGAAGGAUGUGGAGAAGUUCGAGAAGAUGGGCGGGGCUCACAUCGUGGUCGGAACACCGGGACGUUUGGCCGACGUUCUGAGUGCGAGGAACGCUAACAAUAAUUUGUGUCGCUAUUCUCGGAACCUGGAGAUACUCAUUCUAGACGAAGCGGAUCGUCUUCUGGAAUUGGGCUUCGAUCUGACUUUGGGCAACAUCCUGGCCGUUUUACCCAAACAACGUCGAACGGCGCUGUUCUCUGCAACUCAGACUAAACAAUUGGACGAUCUCAAACGGGCUGGUCUCCGCAACCCCGUCACGGUAUCUGUCAAGGAAAAACACAAUCUCAAGACACCGAUUCAACUGCAGAACUACGUCUGUCAAGUUGAGCCCGAGCAGAAACUGAACACCUUGAUCGCGUUUCUCAAGCAGUACAGCGAUCUGAAGGUGAUGGUGUUCCUGAGCACCUGCGCCGCGGUUCAGUACUUCCACACGGUGAUCAAAACCUUGAUGCCGAAGCUCACAGUUUUCUGCCUUCACGGCAGAAUGCGGAACAAGAGACAGAAGGUUUUCGCGAAAUUUUCCGAUGUCAGCAAGGGACUACUGUUGUGCACCGACGUGAUGGCUCGAGGAGUCGACAUUCCGAGAGUCGAUUGGGUUAUCCAGUACGACCCGCCAUUGAGUGGCUCUGUUUUCGUUCAUCGUUGCGGUCGAACUGCCAGAAUGGGCAAUGAGGGAUCGGCUCUAGUUUUUCUAAUGCCCAACGAAGUCUCUUAUGCGAAGUUCUUGACCCUGAAUCAGACAAUCAAACUGGAGAACGUGGAACCGCCGGAGAAUGUGGAGGACUUCACCGACACUAUUAGGAGACUCGAAGCCGAUAGUGAGACUAUUUACAUCGAAGCGAUGCGAGCAUUCGUCUCCUACAUCCAGUCGUAUCGGAAACACGAAUGUAGUCUUCUCUUCCGGAUCGAGGAGCUGGAGUUCGGACGGCUCGCCAUGGGAUACGCGUUGCUGAAAAUGCCUUACAUGCCGGAGUUGAAGAACAAGAAACUCAGCGGAUUCAGACCACCGAAUAAUAUCCGCAGCGAGCACCUGGAAGCUAAGCGCAACGCCAAGGACCUCGAGGGCGGCGGUAAGAAGAGGCGGAAGAAGAAGCGGAAAAACCCAGAAGGACUCCCCCAAGACAUGAAUCCUUCGGCGAAGCGACGUCUAAAAGCUAAGAUACGAGUGGAAAAAGAAAUGGAUGAACUCUAUGAAGACGAGAGACUGAUAAAACGUGAGAAGCUCCACAAGAUUUCGAAGGAAGAGUUCGAAGAGAGAUUCCUCCCGAAUGGCACUGUGUAAAUAAAAGAAAAAGACAGAGCGAGCAGACUCCUUCAGACAGUUGUCCUUCUCUGAGGAAUGUCUCUGU